CGAGAUACCCGUAGCGCUCUUGACUGGACACGGGCCGGAGGGUGGCGUACAGGGGCUAUGGUAGAAAGACACAGCGAUAGGGCACACCCUGCGAGAAGUGGCGGACACUGGAACCUGUCAAGGUCACUUCGCAUGUGUCCAUGCGCACACGCCGUGUUCGGCCACGGGGGUUAUGUCUUGAAGGGGCGGGGGCGGCAUACUCCGCUCUACAUUGUGGCGCUAUGAUUCAAUGUUGUUGUAGUAGUUGUUACGACGGCGCCGAUGUCUCAAAUGUGUGCUGAACUGGGGACGGCUUGUUGCCAGACGUUCCCCAUGUGACGUCCUGGGGGCGGCUUUGCUAUUACAGUAGCUGACACGGACAACAUAUAUCCGUCGCACUGCGGCUAAAACGGGAACACGCGUCUGAAGGCCGUGUACAUGUGUGUUCUGUACUUAGCAUCGACCACGCACAUCGGCUGACGUAUGAAGAGACGUCAGUCUCAGGCCUAGUAUAUGACGAUGUGACUCGGGAGAAAACUAUUGUAAACAUGAAACAC